GUUGUGAUAUUCGCACGAUCAUUAUGCUGGCGAUAGAACAUUAGAGUUUUAGAAUUUUAAUUUUAAAAAAUCUGUGAAUAAAAUGGAACAAUCUAGUGAAGAAAAUAAAUACAUCAGUGUGUGUAAGAGUACUGAGCAAUCUUCAUGGCUUCCUUUACUAAGACAGAUGUUUGUAUGCAGUGGGGUGACAUCAUACUUUUUCAUCUAUGGAUUAUUUUUUGGAGCCCCAACAGUGUAUGUACCACAAAUAAGAAAAGAGGCUAAUUCAACUGAAGCCAUUAGUAUGGAAACGAUGUCUUGGUUGUUCUCAAUCUCCAGCUACGGAUCUCUACCCUGGGCGAUUAUAUGUCCUAUAAUUGCAGAGCGAUAUGGGAGAAAAGUACCAUACAUAAUUUUAUGGGUAAAUACGAUGGCUAGUGUUUUGUUGUUUUACUUUAGUAAAACUGUAACUGAGCUCUUUAUCAGUGGGUUUCUACAAGGAAUGCUUCAAACGAUUCAGAUCGGAGUGUCUAUUAUGGUUCUUACUGAAUAUGUAUCACCCAAGUAUAGAGGAAUAUUUAUAACUUUUAAGUCAGCAACAUUCUACUGGGGCAUCUGGAUCUCUAAUGCUAUUGGUACCUUUUUCCAUUGGAAAAAUAUUGGUAUAUUGAUUUUUGUAUGCUGCAUUUAUAAUUUUAGUAUAUUAUUUUGGCCCGAAUCUCCUUAUUGGUUGGCAUCUAAGGGGCGUUUUGAAGAAUGUGCAAAAUGUCAUCGCUGGUUAAAAGGAAAAGACAAGGAUUCUGAAGAGGAACUUAAGAAACUUAUACAAUCGUCAAAAGAAAAUUUAAAACGUAAACAAGAACUUCGACAAGAAAAUCAGAGGAACAGCAUAAUUAAAAUAAUUUACAUCAUCAAAGCCAAAAGAUUCUAUAAACCACUGCUACUUUCAAUACUCACAAUAUGCCUUUAUCAUUUUUCGGGAAAAUUAGCCUGCACCGGAUAUGUGAUUGAUAUUAUUAAAACAAUAACUGUAAGUGAAUCAACAGCUUAUGAAGGUAUGCUUGUGUUAGAUGGAAUUACUGUGCUAGGGAUGUAUGCAGGAGUUUAUCUAACAAAGUUUUUUAAACGACGACCACUGUUAUUAAUUUCAGCAUGUAUUGGAGUAGCGUUUUUGUUUGUUUUAUCGUUGUAUUUAUAUUUAUUACAUUUGAACGUCAUAUCUGAAAACAAGUACUUAACAAUAUUCUUUUUGAUGGGCUUUUCAGUGGCAAUUAGUUGUGGUCCUAUGAUAUUGUCUAUGUGUUUCUCUAGCGAAUUAACUCCAUUAAAGGGUAGGAGUAUAUUUAUUAGUAUUUUUACAUUGUCAACUUGUACCAUCAUGGGUUCAAUUUUGAAAAUUUCUCCGUAUAUUUUUAAAUACUUUGCCUCACAUGGAGCAUUUUUGUUCUACGCUAUAAUGUCGUCCAUAUUUAUUUAUAUCCUUUAUAACGUAUUACCUGAAACGAAAGACAAAACAAUCCAAGAGAUUGAGAAAUAUUUUGCGGAUGACGACAGUGUAGUAAAAGAUGAAGAAGAACCGAUGAAUCCAGAAGAAACUUGUGGAAAAUAAUUAAUUAAUUAACACCAUAAUUAAUUUGAGAUUAUUGUAGAGCACUAUUAUAUUGCAAGUAAUUAAUGGGUUAGGUACCUACUCUGAGGAUUUUUAAAAUUGAUAGAUUAAUAAUAUACAGCAGAUGCCUUGAAAAUAUGCAAAUUGUUUU